UUUAAAUAGGAACUCAUUUGUAAUUUGAACUCUCAUCAAUAAGCAGCGAAUAUGUAUUGUUUAGUUGAAUUAAAACAAAAGAUUUAUGUUGCACCUUGUUAUCUUGAUGAGGAUGUUAUGGAUCAUAUUAUGCAAAAUCUUUGCAGUCAUAGUGAAGGCCAGCUUCAUGGGGACAACGGUAAAAUUGUCAAAAUUAUUAAGAUAGUAAACCUAGGUACGGCUUUUAUAAACCCUUAUACUUCCGAAGUGGAAAUCUGGGUGACUUUCAUAGCCUUAGUAGUGCGUCCAGUUAAGGGUGAAGUCGUUGAUGCAGUUAUAACACAAGUGACAAGUUCACUUGAUGGAUAA